UAUGAGUGUGCCACCACAAGGUCAGAACAACGACGUGCCUCCCGGCUCUGCUGCUGAUGACAAACAUAACGUGCUCUUAUUCAAGCCAACGACAUACAGAUCCGUAACAUUGCACAAUCGAAUCGGUGUCUCGCCUAUGUGCAUGUAUAGCUGUGAAGAUGGAUUCCUCAACGACUUUCACCUAGUUCACUUGGGCUCUUUUGCACUGCGAGGCGCAGGACUCGUGAUCAUUGAAGCGACAGCCGUGGAGCCUCAAGGUCGUAUUUCACCGGAUGAUUCCGGCAUCUGGAGCGAUGACCAUAUCGCGCCUGUCAAACGUAUCGCUGACUUUAUCAAGUCGCAAGGGAGUACACCGGCCAUGCAGAUCGCUCAUGCAGGUCGUAAAGCAGACAUGGGCUCGCCGUGGAAGGGUUAUCGCAUCGUUCCAAAAGAAGAAAACGGGUGGCCAGAUGAUGUUCGAGGACCUUCUGAAGGUGUUAGAUUCAACGAGGAACACCCUCGCCCGAAAGGCUUUACGGUUGAGCAAAUAGCUGAGAUUACACAGAAGUUCGCGGAUGCAGCUAUCAGAGCCGAUAAAGCAGGCAUUGAAAUUCUGGAGAUCCACAGCGCGCAUGGAUAUUUGCUACACAACUUUUUGUCAGGUCAUUCGAACAGGAGGACGGACGAGUAUGGUGGCUCCCUUGAAAACCGUAUGAGGUUCCCUCUCGAAGUUGCCAAAGCCGUGCGUGCUGUCUGGCCUGACCACAAGCCCUUGUUCGUACGUGUUUCAGCCACUGAUUACGGAAACCCCGAUCCACUAGGACAUGAUCCCGAAGGCUGGGACGUAUGGCAGACGUCAAUGUACGCUAAAAAACUCAAGGAAAUUGGGGUGGAUUUGGUCGACUGUUCCAGCGGCGGAAAUUUACCCAACAUAGACUAUCACGCAGGACCGCUCUAUCAAGUCAAGUUUGCUGAGACUAUCAAAAAAGAAGCACGGAUCAAUACAGCAUCAGUCGGUAUCAUCACAGAGCCUACCGAUGCAGAGCAAGUCUUGCAAUACAACCAAGCGGAUUUGGUUUUCAUUGGCCGAGAAUUCUUGCGUGAUAGUUCGUGGGUUUUGAUGGCUGCACAAGCUCUUGGCGUAAAAGUCAAAUGGCCUAACCAAUAUGAUCGUGCAGAGCGUACGUUGCGUGGUGUAAACCAGAAAUCAGCAUGCAAAGACAGCACAGACUCCAGCAUUCCAUAAAAAUAG